AGUUGUUUCAGACUCAGUGAACGCCUUCCCGAGUCAGAGGGCAGAGAGCCAUGAACCGCCUGCAGCGUAUCGCCGGCCAUGUGAACUCGGGCAUGGCGGGCCAGGAGCUCUACCUGGGUGCCCAGCCCACGGCCGCCAUUUGCAGCCCGGAGAAGUCUGAGGAUGAUGUGGUGAUCUGCUGCGCUGUGCGGACCCCGCUGUGCAAGGCGCGCGGUGCCUUUAAGGAGACAGCCCCAGAGCUUCUGUUGGCUACAGUCUUCAAAGAGGUGGUGGCCAGAACCAAGGUGAACCCCAAGGACAUCGGCGACAUUCAGAUUGGCAACGUGCUGCAGCCCGGUGCCAGCGGCCUGACGUCCCGCAUGGGCCAGUUCAUCGCGGAGCUGCCCUAUGACAUCCCGCUGAGCACGGUGAACCGGCAGUGCAGCAGCAGCUUGCAGGCCACCGCCAACAUCGCAGCCUUCAUCAAGGCGGGCGUCAUUGACGUGGGCUUGGCCGGCGGCGUCGAAAAUAUGAGCAUGUUCCCGAUGAUGGCUACGAUUGACAUCACCAAGCUCUCUGCCAAGAUCCUUGACUAUGAAAACGCGGAGGCGUGCCUGCUGCCCAUGGGCCUCACCAGCGAGAAUGUGGCCGCGGCCUACGGCAUCCCCCGAGAGGUCCAAGAUGCCAUGGCGGCGGACUCCCACAAGAAGGCCCUGGAAGCCCAGAAGAACGGGUGGUUCAAGGAGGAGAUCGCGCCAGUGACCGUGGAGACCAAGAACAAGGAUGGCACGGUGAAGACUCAAGUGGUGGACACGGACUCCGGCCCCCGGGCGGGCGUUUCCCGGGAGAGCCUCGCGAAGCUCAAGCCGGCAUUCAAGGCAGGCGGCAGCACCACAGCGGGCAACUCCAGCCAAGUCACGGACGGAGCUGCCAUGGUUUUGCUGGCUAGGCGCUCCGCUGCCGAGAAGUUGGGCCUGCCCAUUGUGGCCCGCUUCCGCAGCUUCGCGUGCGUGGGUGUGGACCCCAAGCUCAUGGGCAUCGGACCGGCCUUCGCCAUCCCUCCAGCGUUGGAGAAGGCAAGCCUCAAGGUGGAGGACAUUGACGUCUACGAGAUCAAUGAGGCCUUCGCGUCUCAGGCGACCAUGUCGAUCGAGCAUUUGAAGAUCCCCAUGGAGAAGGUGAACCCCAAGGGUGGCGCCAUCGCUCUGGGCCAUCCGCUGGGUGCCACCGGGGCCCGGCAGAUCGCCACGCUGCUGCCGGAGCUGAAGCGGCAAAACAAGAAGUUGGGUGUCACGUCCAUGUGCCUGGGCAGCGGCAUGGGUGCCGCCUCCGUCAUCGAGCUGGAGUGAGGAUGAUCCCAUCCAUCAUUUUAUUGCAUGAUUUGUUGCACCUCUCUGGAGCUCUCAGA